AUGCCUGGGUCGGAUAGACACCAUGGGACCAAGAGGAAGCCGGAAUCCAACAGUAGCAUUGCCCUGCCACCCCAAACAACGAGUGGUAACAGCGGGCCACACAAGCCCCUGGUCCUGCCUCAUACCUCUGCGGGCAACAUGACGAGCAAGGACUGUAACCUUCAGUCAAAGUCGUCAGUGCCAUCUUCUUCCAAGCGCAAACGGCAUAAAUCAGCCAAACAUGGACGUGAGUCCGAGGUGGCUCAGGGCCCUGGUUUUUCUGCCCUCACCUCCACAGCGCCUCCUUCCGUUAGCGCCGUGAAGCCGCUGGUAGAAUAUGACGACAUAAGUUCCGAUUCGGAUACUUUUUCGGACCCGCCUGCUGAAAGAGGGUCUGGGGAUCGGUUAGAACCUGUCCCAGAUUAUAGUAAAGGAGAUGGGGGCGGGGCUGUUGGUAGAGAUGGUCGGGAACAUAAGCACCGACACUCUCGCAAAAAGUCGAAGGAUCCCAACAAAGUUAGAGACUCUGGGGAAGGGGGUCAGAGUACCAAGAAAAAAGCAGCAAAGACCGGUCAGCUGGAGGCUGACUUGGGGCCAAAGCGUGGAGAGUUGCCCCCUUCCACCCAGGCCCAAACUGCAGCCAGUGUGGGAAGCACCACAUCCUCCUCCUCGUCAUCUCGCAGCAAGGAGGGUGGCCGCUCCGGGAAGUCUCGCAAGGAUAAGCCACAGAAGACAGAGGGACGGGAGGGGCGUGAGGGUCGGGGGAUGCAACCGCCAGCCAGAGCACCUCUGCCUCUCAGAAGGUCCGGACGGAGAGGAGCCAACGGGAGCCCUCGCCGGAAGGGAACAGCCCCUACACAGUCCCCCAGCCCCCCAAGGAGAGGGGGUAAUGGAAGCCCCAUGAUCGGUGGUUACAGCCAAGAGGUGGACAGCUACCACCACCAGAGACGUAGGCCGGCCCCACAGAGCCCCAGCCCCUACAGGGAGAUGUCCAGGCGGAGUAGGCAGAGGUCGGACAGCCCCUACGCCAGCAGGCAGAGGUCUUCCAGCUAUGAGCGAGACGACAGCCCCUACUCCAGGAGACGCUCCAUCAGUCCCUAUGGUAAUCGCAGGUCCUCCAGCACUAGCCCUGUGUCCCGGCGCUCAGUUCGCUCCCGGAGUCGUUCGCCGCCUUUCUCCUCUUCCCGUCGCUCCUCCUCUCGCUCUCGCAACAAGAAGCAUUCGUCCUCUGCCGGGGCGGGUCUCACAGCAGCCGGCCCACCAGCCGCUCCCCACCCUCAUCCCGCCUGCCACUCAACUCCAGCCUGGGGGCGGAGCUUAGCCGGAGGAAGAAGGAGCGCCAGGCUGCGGUGGCUGCAGCUCGUCCCCCCUCCCCUCCACCUUCCUCACGCAAGACCAAAGGGUCCACCUCACGCCCCCCUAAAGCUGAGCCCGAGAGAGUACCUGAGAGAGACUCUGUCCAAGCCACGGACCUCCAGCCUCCACCCAUUGCACCCCAGCCCCAGGACACUGUUGGCGAAGAACACGGCUCUGCAUCUCCACCCUCCAUCUUCUCAUCUCCUGCUCCCCCUCUGCCCCCCGGUCAGACGACCCCACUACCUCCACCUCCUCUGCCCUCCACCCCUGUUGCCCAACUUCAGCCACCUACACCCCAGGGCCAGACUGAGUCCAGCCUCGCACCCUCCACAGCCCUCUCCUCCU